CCACUGCUAUCUAUAAUUAGCUUGAAUCAAACAAGUUAGAAUGUUUUUAGAAGGUGUCCAGAAGCGUACCAGGUUUCAUCGCUGCCACUGGUUCUCCGUAAAUGAGGGGAAAAAACAAGGAAAAGGGGGAAAAGGAAGAAAAGAAGAAAGGGAGGAAAAGGAAGAAAUAGAAGAAAAAAAGAAAAGAAAGGGAAGAAAGGGAAGAAAGGGAAGAAAGAGAAGGGAAGGGAAGGAAAUCAAGGAAGAAAAGAAAGUCUCUGGAAUUUAGAUAAAUCAAAGCAUACAGACAUUAUGCAAAAAAUGUCCUGAUAACCGGCCUCGGUUAUAGUGCCCCACAUGAGGUACCUACACUACUUGCACGACCGCGACACUUUAAGGCUGAGCUCUGUGGCAACACCGGACAGUACAUCCUGAAUCCCAAUAAUUCACGGUUUCU